GAAGAUGCAGUGCCGCUGAUUGAAACCAAUGAUCCAACGCCACUGGAAGAAGAGGCCGUCCGGGCGGCAAAAGAAGCAAGACGGUUGGCUCGAGAGGCCAGAGCAGAAGAGGCCGAAGAAGAAGCCGAACCGGAGGAGGAAGAUGAGGAUUAA